UUAUAAGGACAAAUGGUUAAAACAUAUUUAUUUUGCUAUGUGAUCAGAUUAUGCUAGUUUACUAUUGUAGAAAGGAAUUGGUUUAAAUUAAAAAAUUAAGUCAUUUAACUGUCUUCUAGGUGCUGCCAGACAUCAAAGAAGAGGUAGAGAAGCCACCAGCUUAAAGUUUAGGAUUUCAACAGUGCGAUAUCUAGAUAAGCUGUAAGCCUUCCAGCCAGAGGGAAAGCUGCUGGUGAAGUGAAGUUAUUGCCACUAUCCAAUAAGAAAGGCCAUAAGCUCAGAGAUAAACUCCACAGCCAAUGGGAAGCAACAUUUUAAGGUACAUGUGACAGAGCUGCAGCUAUGAGUGGAAUUUUAAAGAGGAAGUUUGAGGAAGUUGACGGCUCUUCGCCCUGCUCUUCUGUGCGGGAAUCGGAUGAUGAUGUUUCUAGUAGUGAAAGCGCUGACAGUGGUGAUAGUGUCAACCCAUCCACUUCAAAUCAUUUUACCCCAUCCUCAAUUCUGAAGAGGGAGAAACGGAAGAGGACCAAAAAUGUCCAUUUUAACUGCGUUACUGUCUACUAUUUUACAAGAAGGCAAGGGUUCACAAGCGUCCCCAGCCAAGGAGGAAGCACCCUGGGCAUGUCAACCCGCCACAACAGCGUACGUCAGUACACCCUUGGGGAGUUUGCCAUGGAACAAGAAAGGCUUCACCGGGAGAUGUUACGCGAGCAUCUCAGGGAGGAGAAACUCAACUCUUUAAAACUUAAGAUGACUAAAAAUGGCACAGUAGAAUCCGAGGAAGCGAACACUUUGACACUGGAUGACAUUUCUGAUGAUGAUAUAGAUCUUGACAACACGGAAGUUGACGAGUAUUUCUUUCUACAACCUCUACCAACAAAAAAACGAAGGGCACUCCUGCGAGCCUCUGGCGUCAAGAAGAUCGACGUAGAAGAAAAACACGAGCUGCGAGCCAUCCGUCUUUCAAGGGAGGACUGCGGCUGUGACUGUCGAGUCUUCUGUGACCCAGAAACUUGUACUUGCAGUCUUGCGGGCAUAAAAUGCCAGGUGGAUCGUAUGUCUUUCCCAUGUGGUUGCACUAAAGAAGGAUGUAGCAAUACGGCAGGCAGAAUUGAAUUUAACCCCAUCCGUGUCCGGACUCACUUUUUGCACACUAUAAUGAAACUUGAAUUGGAGAAAAACAGGGAGCAGCAAGUCCCUGCACUGAAUGGCUGCCACAGUGAGAUAAGUGCUCACAGCAGUUCAAUGGGCCCCACAACUCACCCACUAGAAUAUUCAGUGCCAGAAAACUUUGACAUCGAAGCAGAACCUCGAGCAGCUGUGAUGCACUUGCAGUCAGUUGAUGAUUUGGGCUGUCCAGGGGAGGACGACGAAGAAGAGGAGGAAGAUGCAAGUAGCUUUUGUAGUGGAGUUACAGAUUCUAGCACACAGAGUUUAGCACCCAGUGAUACAGAUGAAGAUGAGGAGGAGGAAGAGGAAGAGGAGGAGGAGGAGGAAGAUGACGAGGAGGAGGAUGAAGAAGAAAAGGUGGAUGAAUUUGUAGAAGGACUGGGGGCUCCCACUGACAUGGUGCAAGCGCUUCCUUCCGUCCUUUGCUAUUCUGAUGGCACUACCAUGCAUGAAAACCACAAUAAGGCAUCCUCCUACUAUACUAACACUUCAUCACUUUAUUACCAAAUAGAGAAUCAUACCCCUGGCGCUGCUAAUCAGAUUCGUGAGACUUACUCUGAAAGGGAUACUCUUAAGAAUGGUAAUCUUUCUCUGGUGCCUUACAACCCAACUUCAGAACAAUUAGUUGACUAUACACGGCAAUCAGAGGAAAGUUAUGGCGGUUCACUUUAUCCUUCUUCAAAUCCAUCUGUCAUCGUCUGCUGCUCUUCUUCAGAAAACGACAACGCUGUUCCAUGUAGUAGUUUAUACACUGAGCAUAGGCCAAGGCACUCCCAAGUUGACUUUCCCUCAUACUUGAAAAAUCCUUCACAAGAUGGAUUUGUUUCUACUUUGAAUGGUGGCACUCACCUCCCAGAGCAUCCCACUGAGAAUUCACUUAGCCUUUCAGAAAAGAGCAGACUGCAUGAAGAGUGCAUCAAAUCACCUGUCAUGGAAACAGUACCUGUCUAAUUAUUUUGGGACUGAAUUCCUUAUAUUUAAAUGCACUCUAUUUUAAUUGGAUUCCCUGGAACCUUCUUUUUAAUUUAGCCAUAGAGACAAGGGGACAGACUCUGGUUUUUAGUUUCUUUCUUUCUUUCUUUCUUUCUUUCUUUCUUUCUUUCUUUCUUUCUUUCAAGCUAUACUGACUGUAGCCAUUGCACAAAAACGGUUAGUGUACAAAGUAAAAUUUUAAGGGGGGGGAUCACAUGGUCUUUUGAUAGAAAAUACCUAGAUUAAAAAAAAGGAAAACUACAGAAUAGCAGCCUACUUGUCAAACUAUGUGAAGCGGGGCUAGAUGACUCAGAGCUUCUCAUUUUAUUGUCAGGCCCAUGGAAGAUAAUGAAAAUUUUACUGUGGAAUCUUCAUGUUUAAAGUACUAAAUUUUCACACAUAUUUGAAGCUGGUGAAUUUUUAAAUAUAGAUGUAUUCAACUCCCCCCUCCACAGCAACAACCAUCCAGAAUUGUUCAGUAAUGUACUUUUUUAAAUUAUUUGUUGUAGCUUAGUAUUCAUUUCUUGUUAAAAAUGAACAGCAUGUUCAAUGGAGCUGAACAUUUGAUCAGAACAGCACAGCCAUUUCAAAUUUUGUUAGGCAAACUACAUUUCUCCUUUGUGAUGAUAUUUAGAACUGACAUAAUAACUACAUUCUUUGUUCUAUCCUGGAGUCAAUUCAUACGUGUUAACUAAAAAUCUAAAGGGAAAUCUGAGAAGAGCCACUGGCUGGGCAUGUUUCAUUUAUUUCACUUUGCAUGGAGCUCUUGUCGGCACGUCAACAAAAUCUCCCUAGAAAGGAAUGAAGGGUGUGCAUCAGGCCUUUUUUUUCUAAAUUAAUCUGACAGGUGUGAACAUUUCCUAGAAAACUGAAAUUUUUGAACAAACCACUGUUGUUGUUUUUAAAGUUGCCAACAUAACCAAGAAGCUGGACAUGACCCAGCCAAAGUGAGCCAAAUGGGGCUGGCUCCUGUGUUUUUUAAUUUUUAUUUUA